AAGUUACAGUGGUGGUCUCAACUUAUUAUUACCAGUCCAAACCUCAAUAACUCCAAAAUAAAGCAGGCCUAUAAAUAAUGUAAAUUUGGGCCUACACUGGGCAUCUCUGCUAUAUAGGACAGAGAAGUCAUUAUUGUAUACCCUAUGUAGUGCACUUUGGUAGGCAUUUGGGUCUCAGUCAUAAGGAGGCGGGGACACUGUAGUCACUGCAGCGUGGAUUUAGCCUGUGAAACUCGGCAAAGGCGUGCAUACGUGAUAUUUUGCUGUUACCAAUACCAGAAGUCAUGCUUCAGCAUGCAGAUGAAGACACUACAAUGCAGGCGAUAUGUUUCAAAGAACCAGGUGGGCCAGAGAAGCUGUAUUUAGGACGAGUCCCCAAACCUGAACCUAAAGAUGGGGAAGUCCUAAUUAAAGUCUAUGCAACAGCUUUAAACAGGGCUGAUGUGUUACAGCGGAGAGGUCUUUACCCAGUUCCUCCAGGAGCAAGCGAGAUCCUUGGGCUGGAGGCUGCUGGGGUGGUCACUGGUUUUGGCCCUGGACUCAAGAGGAAUUUUAAUCUAGGCGAUAAGGUCAUGGCUUUGCUUUCUGGAGGAGGAUAUGCACAGUAUGUAGCUGUGCCUGAGGAACUUCUCAUGCCAGUCCCUUCGCAUCUCACUCUCUACGAAGCUGCAGCAAUCCCAGAGGCCUGGCUGACUGCCUACCAACUUCUGCACUUAAUAGCCCAAGUUAAGGAGGGAGAGUCAGUGUUAAUUCAUGCUGGAGCGAGCGGAGUCGGCACUGCUGCCAUUCAGCUUACUCGUCUGUUCUGUGCCGUUCCAUUGGUGACUGCUGGAAGCCCUGAUAAGUUAAAGAUUGCAGAAAAACUGGGUGCAGCUGCUGGGUUCAAUUACAAAGAAGGGGAUUUCUCUGAUAAGAUUCUGCAGUUCACUCAAGGCAGGGGGGUUGAUGUCAUCCUUGACUGCAUAGGUGGAUCUUAUUGGGAGAAAAAUGUGAGUUGUUUGGCUAUGGAUGGAAGAUGGGUGCUCUAUGGUGUUAUGGGGGGGAAAGCAGUGGAUGGAGACUUGCUUGGCAAACUUUUAUUUAAGCGUGGCCAAAUUCUCAGUAGUCUCCUCAGGUCACGGAGUCUACAGUAUAAAGCUGAACUUGUUAGGAGCUUCACUGAGCAGGCUUUUCCACACUUUCAGUCAAAAGACCUGCCCAUGUCACUGAGGCCUAUAAGCGACACAGUGUUCAACAUGGAAGACAUUGCUGAGGCACACAGACACAUGGAGGCCAACAAAAAUACUGGAAAAAUCAUAAUCAAAAUUUCAUAGACUUAAUCAGUUUCUUCAUACUGAUUAUCUCUAGGUCAUGUCUUAUAUUUUAAAAUGCAUGCAUCUAUAGAACAUUCAGAAGUAUUUUUAUGACAGAUGCAAUAAAGAUCAAAGAUCAAAUUCA